AUGGACUCCAAAUCACCCCAGGUAUCGUUCAGAAUGCACCAUGGCUCCGCAACUGAUGUACCAGCCGAGCUGCCUCCAUCGGGGCCCGUCUAUAAGGUCUAUAAGCGGCGAUUCUGGGGUUUGGGACAGCUCGUGCUGUUGAACAUCGUCGUCAGCUGGGACUGGUUGACCUUCUCCUCGAUAUCAACCACUGCCGCCGAGCAUUUCAGGGUCUCCGAGAGCGCUAUCAACUGGAUGAGCACUGGGUACCUCUUUGCAUUUUGUGUCGCCAGCCCCGUCGUGAUCUUCACACUCAACAAAGGCGGCCCUAAGCCUGCCAUCAUCACCACCUCUACCCUCCUCCUCGUGGGCAACUGGAUCCGAUAUGCAGGUACCAAAGCACGAGGGGGCAUCUUCGGGGUGGCCAUGUUCGGGCAGAUCCUCAUCGGGCUGGCGCAGCCAUUCUGUCUCAGCGCACCCACUCGGUAUAGCGACCUGUGGUUCUCUGACCAGGGCCGCACCAGUGCCACGGCUGUAGCGACUCUCGCCAACCCACUGGGCGCAGCACUAGGCGAGCUGAUCGAUUCGUUCUGGGCAACGAGGCCCAGCGACGUCCCGAACAUGGUUCUGUAUAUCUCCAUCAUCGCCACAAUCGCAGCCCUCCCCUCAUUCUUCCUCCCCUCCCACCCCCCAACAUCUCCCAGCGCCUCCUCCGCCAGCACGGACACCUCCACCCCGCUCCUCCCCGCAGUCAGGCAACUCCUCGGCACCCUAGAAUUCUACCUCAUCCUCAUCCCCUUCUCCAUCUACGUCGGCUUCUUCAACAGCAUCUCCUCCCUCCUAAACCAAAUCCUCGAACCCUACUCCUACUCCGAAACCGAAGCCGGCAUAGCAGGCGGCCUGCUCAUCAUCGUCGGCCUCAUCGCCUCCGCCAUAAUCUCCCCCCUCACAGACCGCUACAAGCAAUACCUCCUCACCAUCCGCAUCCUCGUCCCCAUCGUCGCAAUCACCUACAUCGCCCUGAUCUUCGCCCCGCCCAGCCCCGUCGGCAUCGCCCCCUCCUACACCGUCUGCUCCCUCCUCGGCGCCUCCUCCUUCGCCCUCCUCCCCGUCGUGCUCGAAUAUCUCGUCGAAAUCACGUACCCCUUCUCCCCGGAAAUCGGGAGCACCAUCUGCUGGACAGGUGGACAGUUACUAGGCGCGGUCUUCAUUUUAAUCCAGGAUGCGUUAAAGGCCGAUGACGGCGCCUCCCCGCCGCAGAAUAUGCAGAAUGCUUUGAUUUUCUCGGCUGUGGUGGCGGGCGUGGCGGCCCCGUGGCCGCUUUGUAUUGGAUGUUUUGGUCGGGAUGUUAGGAGGCGGAGGUUGGAUAUUGAUCGUGGGGUGGAAUUGGAGGAGGCGGGGGAGGUGGUUGAGGAGAGUAGGGUUGAGGAUGAGGGUAGGAAGGGCAUUUUUGGGUUGGGUUGA